GAAGGCGCCAUGUCGGGCCCUGAAGGUGGCAAAAAGGAGCCCCUGAAACAGCCCAAGAAGCAGGCCAAGGAGAUGGAUGACGAAGAUAAGGCUUUCAAGUGGAAACAGAAAGAGGAGCAGAAAGAGGAGAAGAAGAAACUCAAGGAGCUAAAAGCCAAGGCCACAGGGAAGGACCCCCUGGCCACAGGUAGAAUUAAGAAAUCUGGCAAAAAGUAAGCUGUUCCUCAUAUCUGAGGUGAUGGCGACCCCCUUCUAUUUCUAUUUAAACAUCUGGAUCCCUUGCCAUAGCAUCUUUGCCACCUACAGCUGGAAUGAAGGGUUAUCCUGGAGCCUAUUGUACAUUGUAAUAAACUUUAGUAAUAAAAUAAAAUUAAUAAUAAAAAAUAU